UUGAUCCAGUUGCUUCGUGGCGUGCGCACACACACCAAAAGAAUCUCGAACGAAAAACCUCAAACAAAAAAGAAAAAAACCAAACUAGAACCCGUAACUAGUUUUUGAGUUUUCGCCUCAAGCAGACAACGGAUUAUCCUGUGACGCGUCGCGAUUAGUUUUUAUUUGAAGCCAUGCCACCCAAUACUGGGUGGCUGGCCAUGGUGGCAAUAGUUUGGCUUGGCCUACUAUUGCCACCAUUGGCCACCAGUCAGCAUCAGCAGUCAGCAUCGUCCCCACCGUCGGGUCAAUUGCGUCGCAUUUGGCUUCAGGAUCAUUGCAAUUCGGGAAUCUGUACCAAUGUGCAAAUUGGUCGCAAUGAUUAUGUUAUACUCUCGCAGGCACCCAUAGCCAAGCAAUUGAUGUUGACGUUCAUCAAUUCGAGCAUUGCCAAGAUACCCAAAUUGAUGUUUGACACGUUUCCCGAUCUGCAAGUGCUGCGCAUGGAGAACUGCUCGGUGGAGGCCUUUGAGCGGCCACAAUUCGAGGGUGCCAGCAAUUUGAUGAGCCUGUUCUUGGGUCACAAUCGUUUGCGGGAUAUUCCAAAGAAUAUAUUUUUGGGUGCCGAUAAUUUGGCCACCCUCCACAUGGAGGGCAAUCAGCUGAAACAGCUUGGCAAUCACAGUUUCCAUGCCCUGAAGGAACUAAAGGAAUUGUCAUUGGCAGACAAUCGUAUUGAACAUCUUCCAGUGGGCAUAUUCAAUGGAAUGCGGAAGCUAAUUGAUCUGAAUCUGGCUGGCAAUGCAUUGGAGGCUUUGCCGCGAGGCAUCUUUGAUCGAAAUUUGAAUUUAACCCGUUUGAGUUUGGCACGAAAUCGGUUCACAGCCUUCGAAUCGGAGUUGCUGAAACUUCAGCCGCGUCUCUCGCUACUCGAUAUUUCCGGAAAUAUAUUGCAAGAGUUGACACUGAACUUUUCGCUGCUCGAGCUGGCCGUUGCCCAUAGUUGUGAUCUGCGACGUUUGACCAUCUAUGGUGUGGUCCAGGAAUUGGAUUUGCAUAAUAAUUCACUUAGAGAGCUGCCCCAUGUGCCGCAGGCCAUCAAUGUGACCAGCCUGGAUCUGUCACAGAAUCCUCUGGGCAAUUUCGCAGCGGGCACGAAUCCUUUUCGUAGAUUCACCGCUCUGCAGCGACUCAAUCUCUCAGCAACAAACACCCAUGAGCUAAACGAAGGACUCUUCAAGAAGCAAACGCAAUUACAAAUGCUCGAUAUAUCGGCAAAUUCGAUUUACUCGCUAAAGAUCACUAUCUUCGACAGUCUCAAGUCGCUGCAAUAUUUCUACUUUCAGCAAAACAAUUGGAAUUGCGACUUCCUGCAGUUGCUAAUGUCGUCGAUAGUUAAACGUCGUGAUAUAUCCUUCAUGGAGGAUGUAACACCACCCGAACUGGUCGAUGAUUAUGUAGAUGGCAUUGCCUGCUGGUAUGAGAGCGAUAAACUAUCAAAGAAAUGCGAUGGCGGAGCAUCUUCUGAUGCUGCCAUGGAAUUGUCCAUUGUGAGGAAUGAGAUUAAAUCGUUUACGGAAAUGGUCGAGAAGAAGUUCAUUAAAGUCUAUCGCAUGUUGGAUGAAAUGAAAAUGAGAUUAUAAAGGAAAAUAUACAUAUAUAUAUAACCACCAAUUUAUAUAAUCAACAAUUUAUAUACUAUAUUUAUUCAGCACACAAUAUUUAAUCCACAAUUAAUAUCAAUUAUUCUAUAUAAGAAGUUAGAUAUAUUCGACACAAGAACAACAACAACAACGUAUUUAAUAUUGUUUUAAGUUUAAAUUACAUGAAAUAACUCAAUAAAAUGCUAAACGUGGACUCUAUGGAAAAAAAAAAA